GGUGGAGCUCGAGAAAGAGGCAGCUCCGUCGCCAUACCGAGAUGCUCUCUCGCCACCGCCAUAGCCGCCGCCUCCUCCCAAAGCUCCAGCCUUUCUCCACCUCCGCCUCCUCAUAUCCCCAUACCGGUCCCUCCUCCGAUGACGCCUCCCCUGGCGACCUCGACCCGGGCGCGCUCGCCCCCGACGACGCCAUCGCCGCGCUCUCCUCCCUCGCGGACUCCGCGGGCUCCGCGGCCGCGCUCGCGCUCUUCCGCCGCCUCUCCUCACGCCCCGACCUCCGCCGCCUCAUGCGCCUCUAUGCCACCGCGGCCACCACCUUCGUCGCGAGGGGGAACCUCCCCAUGGCGCACGAGGCCAUGCGCACGAUGGUCGCCGCCUUCGCGGAGGCCGGCCGGCUCCAGGAGGCCGCGGACAUGGUCCUCGAGAUGCGCAGCCACGGGCUCCCGCUCUGCGUAGAGACGGCGAACUGGGUGCUCAGGGUCGGGCUGGAGUACCCCGGGUGCUUCGCGCGCGCGCGCAAGGUGUUCGACGGAAUGACGCGUUGCGGUGAGGUACGCCCCGACGCCCGCAGCUUCCGGGCGUUGGUCCUUGGGUGCUGCCGAGAGGGGCGGAUGGAGGAGGUGGACGCCUUGCUGGUACCAAUGUGGGGGCAACGGUUCUGCCUGGACAACGCGACAUGCACGGUGGUCGUGCGCGCGUUCUGCCAACAAGGACGGUUCAAGGAUGUGUCUGAGUUGUUCACGAGGAUGUCGGAGAUGGGCACACCGCCAAACGUGGUGAAUUACACCGUGUGGAUUGAUGGUCUGUGUAAAAGAGGCUAUGUCAAGCAGGCAUUCCAUGUGCUGGAGGAGAUGGUCAGGAAAGGGUUGAAGCCAAAUGUGUACACGCACACAUCAUUGAUCGAUGGUCUCUGCAAGAUUGGGUGGACAGAGCGGGCGUUCCGGCUUUUCUUGAAACUCGUUAAGAGUAGCUUGUACAAGCCAAAUGUGCAUACAUACACUGUGAUGAUUGGAGGGUACUGCAAAGAGAGCAAGCUUGCUCGAGCUGAGAUGCUGUUGGGGAGGAUGGUUGAGCAGGGUUUGAUGCCAAACACAAACACAUACACUACUCUGAUCGAUGGGCACUGCAAACGAGGCAACUUUGAUCGUGCCUUUGAGCUGAUGAAUAAGAUGAAGCUGGAAGGUUUCCUGCCCAAUAUUUACACAUACAAUGCUAUUAUUGGGGGUUUUUGCAAGAAAGGACAGAUUCAAGAAGCUUACAAAGUGCUCCGGAUGGCCACAAGCCAGGGGCUGCAUCUUGAUAAGGUCACAUAUACUAUACUGAUAACUGAGCACUGCAAACAGGGCCAGAUAACAUAUGCUCUAGAUUUGUUCAAUCGGAUGGCAAAAAACGGUUGCCAUCCUGAUAUAGACACAUACACCACCAUCAUUGCUACAUAUUGCCAGCAGAGGCAAAUGGAAGAAAGCCAGAGGCUGUUUGAAAAAUGCCUUGCAAUAGGUCUAGUGCCAACCAAGCAAACCUACACUUCAAUGAUUGCAGGAUACUGUAAAGUUGGCAAAUCCACCUCAGCUUUGAGGGUCUUUGAGAGGAUGGUUCAACACGGAUGCCUUGCUGACUCUAUAACUUAUGGAGCCCUAAUAAGUGGGCUAUGCAAAGAAUCAAGGCUAGAGGAAGCAAGGUCAUUAUAUGAGAGCAUGCUUGAUAAACAUUUGGUGCCAUGCGAUGUAACUCGUGUCACUUUAGCUUUUGAGUACUGCAGGAGAGAGAAGACAAGAAUUUCUGUAUCAUUGUUGGAUAGAUUGGACAAACGACAACAAACUCACACAACAGAUGCACUAGUUAGAAAGCUUAGUGCUGUGGGCAAUUUGGAUGCUGCUAGUCUUUUCCUUAAAAAUAUUUUGGACAAGAAUUACGCUGUUGACCAUGUAACUUAUACGAACUUCAUCAAUUCAUGCUAUGACAACAAUAGAUAUGCCCUAGCUUCGGAAAUAUCUGAAAAGAUCUCAAAGAGAAUCUCUAGCUUUCAGAAAAGGGAUGCUGCAGCCGUUGCUUGAUUAGCAAGAGCAAUCCAAAUGGCUUCUACUGAUACAGCAGAGCAAUUUUACAGUAGUGCUCGAUGUUCCGUUUUUGCAGUGCUUCCAUAUUAACAAUUGGCAGUAAAUGACCUUUCUUAUUCGAGCCAUGAACCCCUAUAUAAAGUUUAUCCCAGUAUUACUUGGUCAAUUUUUUUCUCUUGCAUGCUCAGUGAUUUUAUAAAUUAUCCAGGUCAAGGUCUAGAUGACCAGAUUUUCUUCCAUGGAUGUGGUGAGAACUGAGAACUGCUUGAUGACAGGAUGGGUUUUGCUUUUGCAAAAACUGUGCGAGAAACAAGGGUAAUGCUUCUUUCUUAAACACUUCAAAGAUAUUCAGUAUUACAAAACCUGUUUGUGUGUUGUAUGAAGGAUUCAAGACCUAAUUCUUGAUAUUUGAACCUUGCUCAUGGUGGCUGUCUUCAGUGGUUCUAACUUGUAAGACUGUUGUAGAUAUGGUAACAGUUGGGCUACUAAUGGAUGCAGGCUUAUUUCUCACCAGACAUGCUUCUACCCUAACCCACAAUGUCAAGCUGGUUGGAAUUUCCUGCAAAAAUCUAAGUACUAGCUAGUUAUAAUUGUUAGGAAUAUAGAGUCCUUAUCCAUUACAUAUAGGUUAAGUUACUAGAGUCCUUAUCAUGUACUCCUCAUGUACUCUAUGUACUCUAUAUAUUGCCCUCAGGGGUUACUAUUGUUUAUUGAAUACAAGUUGUUAUUCCUAACAUAGUAUUACAGCUAGGCUUUUCUUAGACGCUGCAACUUGUCCUGAUCCAAAUCAUUACAAUAAUAAUGGCCCAGUACAAGUAAUAACAAGAAAGGAAUAUUUCCAAAUGAAAAUGCAUCUGAAAAUGGAUCAAAAUCAAUAAGGAUGCUCAUAACUUGGGGAUAUUCCUACCCAGUUAGUGAAAUCUCAGUGAUUGCUGGUAUUUCAGUGCAUUAAUUAUCAAAUUUGGGCUGCCUCCACAGUUGGUGAUUGAAGAUUUGUUCCUUAUUUUUCACCUCAUUUAUGGGUUCUCACUGAACGUGUUUGAGCACCAUAUGAUCAUUCUUGUAUCUAGUAUUUAUACAUGUAUGGUAUGCUAACUUCGUAUUAAGGAAUGCCAUAUUGUCCAGAUUGACACCAUACUCAUCAUCUCUUUUCUAAUAUCUUAAGUUGUGUUUGUUGGUUUCAUCUUUAUUGAUGGUUAGCUUUAUUCAUCCUGCCACUCAAUUUAAUCAUUUUUUCCGUUAUUGGAUGGAAACUGUAAACUGCUAGAGAAAACACACCAGGUGCAGAUGUUCUCUUU